AUUUCAUAAAUGCUUGGUGGGAAUGUUUCAUUUAUCCGUCAGAAACCACGCUGAACUUGUCGUCUUCCAUCGGAGCUAGUAAAUUUAGAUCGAUCAGAGACUUUUUUGGCUGGGUUGAAGUUGCAAUUGCAGUUGCUGGGUUUGAUGGAAGCAUGUGAGAUCUCUUGUGUCCACCAAGGGCUUGGCCCAACCAGUCUUCUAGAGGAGGUUUCACAAGAAAAUCACAUCAAGAGUAGUAGCAUCAUAGUGAUGAAACCUUCCUUCAAUGCAAAGAUAUGCCAUUUUGGCACCUCACAGUUGUGCAGAGAAACCGAGGAGAACAAAAUUGGGAAGAGCAAGAAGGUUGAAAUCGGCAAGAUUGUCGAAGUUGAUGAAAGAAGCAAAAAAUUGAUGAGAUCGGAUAGUGGGAAGAUGCAUUUUGCAGGCGCAAUAGGCUACAUGUCGCCGGAUUCCAAGCCAGCAGCGUCGCAACACAAAAAUCCGACAUGUAUGCCUUCGAAGUGGUAACCCUGAAGUUGUUAUCCGAUUCUCUUCCCAUAUCUAAACUGAAUCUGAUUUAUAGAUUUCUUUGAGAAAUCGAUCAAAACCCCAACAUCUUAACUCCUUCUUCUUCUUCUUCCUCCUCCUUUGUUGUCUCCAUCUUAACUUCUUUGACCUUCCAAACAUCCCUUGAAAUGAAAAAAGGGUGACACA